AUGGUUCAGAUGUACUCUAUCGCCGGUCGCCAGAUUGGCUCCCACUACCUGGCCAUUGGCGUCCUCGCCACCCUCUUCACCGGCUCUUACGUCUCCCUCAGCGGCGGUAGCAAGGCCCCCGCUGCCACUCCCCCCAUCAACGCCUCCAGCUCGGACGAAGCCGACUUCAUCAAGAAGUUCCUCGACAGCCAGGACAAGGAUGCGAAGAAGCACUAA